UCUAAAUUAUAGCUUCCCCCUCCUCCAGGUUGUUGUCUGUUGUUCUUCCACGACCUAGCUAGAUCCUCCCUUUUGUUGCUUACUCGUCUCCCAGUCGGUUGCGCCAUGGCGGACGGCUAUAAGCCUGUAACUCAAGGCAGGGCUCUAGGGUUGACUUACUGGCCGGCCGGAAACGGUAUUUGUCGUCAGCUAGGUCCGCCACGUCAGGGUCGACUCAGAUCAUCGUAGUUUCUACCAACCCUUAUUCGCCUUAUCCAUUUUUUUAUAUCUCGUUCAUUCAUCACUUUCUCUCUUUCUCUACCAAGACCCGGACAAAAACAGCCAACAAAAACCCCACCGAACGUCACGUAAACAAGAUCUCCAUCCCCAAUUCUCCUCUUCUCCUUCUCCUUCUUUGGGGUUUGAUAGAUAAUUCCCAUCAAAUUUCGUUCCCACCUGCAUUUCCGACUUCAUCUCUGUUUCUCUCGCUCUCUCUCUGCAUCUUGGUGUUUCUUUCGAUUGGGAUUUAUUUUAUUUCCCAAAACUCUAAUCCGCAUCCUUUGCCCUGUGGCGCAUCGGUGUAUCCUGAACCCGCAUCAUCAAUCGACUGCCCAUAUCCUCACGAUGCCUUCCCUCCUCACAGCAGGCACCGCCAUCGUGCUCAUGGGCGUCUCCGGUGCCGGGAAAAGUACCAUUGGAGAACUGCUGGCGACAGAAUUAAACUGCAGCUUUCUUGACGCCGAUGACUUCCACCCUCAUUCCAACAAAGAGAAGAUGAGGCAGGGCAUUCCCCUGACCCACGAAGACAGAAUCCCCUGGCUCAAUCUCCUGAGGGACAAACUCCGGCACCACCUCAUCUCCGGCAACACAGUAAUCCUCGGUUGCUCUUCCCUACGGAAGUCUUACAGAGACAUCCUCCGAUCCGCCGACCCCCACCCGCCGCCGUCCACCUGUUGCUGCCAUUUCGUGCUGCUGGAUGCCAGCGUCGACUUGCUCGCCCGCCGCCUCGCCGAGAGAGCUAAACAGGGGACUCACUUCAUGCCUCCGACUCUGCUGCGGUCCCAGCUGGAUUUGCUCCAGAUUGACGACCCUUCAGAACAAAUUCUCCGGGUCGAUGCUUCCCUUCCUCCUCCCGCCAUUGUCUCAAAUAUCAUAUCCUCCUUCGUGAUUUCCAGCCGCAGCCCCAGAGAGCCAUCAUGCCGGCCAGAUUUCACACAGCACAGUAGCACCACCACCGCCCCCAUUCAAUAGCAGCUAGCUCGUGUUUGUCGAUGUCGUAAGAAAUGCAGGAGCAGGGGAAAACGGUGUAAAAAGCAGGGCGUUAAGUGCAAAGAGGAAGAGGUAUGGUGCGGUGAAGGAGUCUCGUCAGAAAAAGAUAUGCACGGACAAAAAUCUUUUGUUAUUGAAAACUCAUAUCCAUAAACAAAGGCAUUUGAUCAAAUCGCUCAUACAUAUUGUCUUGGAUUAAAUGAGAGAUUUGGAUCCAAAUCCCUCCAUAGUACAUUCAUCAGCCAAACCAUCCUAUGGGACACUAAGUUGUAUUUGUUAGGGAUGGGGGCAAUGGUUGAAACCAGGAACAACCAGUUACACAGAUACUGACGUCGAUCGGAGCCAAGAACGAAACUCGAACACCAAGCAUUCAAAAUAAAACAAAAUGAGAGUUUUUUUAGCCACGAAAUGAGCUACCUCACAUCAAUUCUUUAGAAUAUAUGAUAACU